AUGGCCACCGAGGACGAGCGCUAUCGCCAGUCGAGCCAAUUCCGCCUCUGGUCCUUCUCCCAGGCCGGCCUGAGGGAGCUCCGCGAGAAAACAAACGCGCUCGCCCAGCAGCAGAUCGCCGCCCGCCUCGGCGCCGACGCGCCGCCCGACUUCCUCACGCCCGACGAGGAGGUGCGCCUCGUCAAGUUCUUCACCGUCGAGCUGAUCCGCGCCGGCCAGUUCUGCGACCUCCCGACCGAGAUCCGCUCCACCGCCGCCGUCUUCCUGCGCCGCUUCUACGUGACCAACUCGGUCAUGACCUACCCGCCGACCGAGCUGCUCAAGACGUCGCUCUUCUUCGGCUGCAAGGCCGAGGGCUUCUACAUGCGCUCCGCCAAGUUCGCCGACAAGUUCCCCAACACCACGGGCGAGCAGAUCCUCGCCGGCGAGUUCCUCCUCUGCCAGGGUAUCAGGUUCGCCUUUGACGUCAGGCACCCCUUUCGGGCCCUCGAGGGCGCCGUCCUCGAGCUGCGGCGGCAGCUGCCGGCCGAGAAGGACCGGAUAGGCGCGGCGCACGUGCGGGCGCGAGAGAUCCUCAAGUUCAGCGCGGUGAUCACGGACGUGUACUUUUACUACGCCCCUAGCCAGAUCAUGAUGGCCGCGCUGCUGAUGACGGACGCCGGCCUCGUCGACGUCCUGAUCCCCCUGCCCGAGGCGUCCGACGACAAGGCGACGGAGCAAACAGCGAUGCGGAACAAGAUAUUCGCGGCCUUGGAGGCCUGCCGGAAAAUGCUCGAGGAAGAGCCUCCCGCACGCAUGACGGAGUAUUGGGGAGCGCCCGAGACUGUCAAGUCGAUGAAGCCCCUGCGUAAGAAGCUACAGAAAUGCAGGGACCCCGAUCGAGCGAAUCUGGUGGCGCUCCAGCAGGCGCGCCGCGCACAAGCGGCCGUCAAGUCGAAGAAGCCCGACGCGCCGGCAGACGGUGUCCUCGGAACGGAUCCGGAAUCCCGCGAGGCCAAGCGGAGGAAACUCGCCGCCGCGGAUGACGUAUUCGGGCCAGCUCUAGGUUGA